CCCCGCCCCGGGGUGGCCGGAGCUGCUCGGCGGCCGCGGGCGGAGCGGGGCCGCGAGCGGGGAGGGGCGGCGAGCGUCGGAGCCGGGUGCUGGGGGCGGCCCCGGAGCCAUGGCCUGCUCCAUCGUCCAGUUCGGCUCCUUCCAGGACCUCCAGGCCGCCCGGGACUUCCUCUUCCCUCACUUGCGGGAGGAGACCCCCGGCGGCGCCGUGCGGCGGGACCCCAGUAAAUCCAAUUGGGAAGAUGAUGGCUGGGGAGCAUGGGAAGAAACAGAACCCCAGGAGCCUGAAGAAGAAGGAAAUGCCAGCAAAGCACAAAAAGCUUCCUGGCUUCAAGAUUGUGUUUUGUCAUUAUCGCCAACCAGUGAUCUUAUGGUCAUAGCUCGGGAACAGAAAGCUGUAUUUCUCGUGCAAAAAUGGAAACAUAGUGAUAAAGGAAAGGAAGAAAUGCAGUUUGCUGUUGGUUGGAGUGGUUCUUUGAAUGUUGAAGAUGGGGAAUGUGUCACCAGCGCUCUCUGUAUCCCGCUCGCAAGCCAGAAGAGGAGCUCCACAGGGCGCCCUGACUGGACCUGCAUCGUGGUGGGCUUCACUUCAGGCUACGUGCGCUUCUACACCGAGAACGGUGUGCUCCUGCUGGCACAGCUGCUGAACGAGGACCCAGUGCUGCAGCUCAAGUGCAGGACCUACGAGAUCCCGCGGCACCCUGGCGUCACUGAGCAGAAUGAAGAGCUGAGUAUCUUAUACCCAGCUGCCAUUGUGACUAUUGAUGGAUUUAGCCUUUUUCAGUCUCUUCGUGCUUGUCGGAAUCAGGUAGCAAAAGCUGCAGCAUCAGGCAAUGAGAAUAUCCAACCACCACCGUUAGCUUAUAAGAAAUGGGGUCUACAAGAUAUCGAUACUAUUAUUGACCAUGCUAGUAUUGGUAUUAUGACUCUGACCCCUUUUGAUCAAAUGAAGACUGCUUCCAACAUCGGUGGCUAUAACGCAGCCAUCAAGAAUAGCCUGCCCGCCAUGUCUCAGUAUAUCACCGUCGGCUCCAAUCCGUUCACAGGCUUCUUCUAUGCCUUAGAGGGCAGCACGCAGCCUCUGCUGUCCCACGUGGCGCUCGCCGUUGCAAGCAAACUCACCUCUGCUCUGUUUAAUGCUGCCAGUGGCUGGCUUGGUUGGAAGAGUAAGCACGAAGAGGAAGCCUUCCAGAAGCAGAAGCCCAAGGUGGAACCAGCUACCCCAUUAGCUGUAAGGUUUGGGCUUCCUGAUUCGAGGCGCCGUGGUGAAAGUAUCUGUCUGUCUCCCUGUAACACACUGGCAGCAGUAACAGAUGAUUUUGGCAGAGUUAUUUUAUUAGAUGUAUCCAGAGGGAUUGCAAUACGCAUGUGGAAAGGGUACCGCGAUGCGCAGGUGGGUUGGAUCCAGAUCGUGGAGGACCUGCACGAGAGGGUGCCGGACAGAGCUGACCUCUCCCCCUUCGGACACAACCAGGGCCCGAGCCGAGUGGCCCAGUUUCUUGUCAUCUACGCCCCUCGGCGGGGGAUUCUGGAAGUGUGGAACACGCAGCAGGGGCCCAGGGUCGGGGCCUUCAACGUGGGGAAGCACUGCAGGCUUCUGUAUCCUGGCUACAAAAUAAUGGGCUUAAAUAACGUUACCAGCCAGAGUUGGCAGCCACAGACACACCAGAUCUGUCUGGUGGACCCGGUGUGUGGGAGUGUAAAGACGGUGGUCGUCCCUUUCCACUUAGCCCUGAGUGAUAAGAAGAGUGAGCGCGCGAAGGACAUGCACUUAGUGAAGAAACUUGCGGCCUUGCUGAAAGCAAAAUCUCCCAAUCUUGAUUUGGUUGAAAAAGAAAUAAAGGAAUUGAUUCUUGAUAUUAAGUACCCUGCAACCAAAAAACAGGCUCUGGAAAGCAUUUUGGCAAGUGACCGUUUACCGUUUUCCUGUCUAAGGAAUAUCACUCAGACUUUAAUGGACACAUUUAAAAAUCAAGAGCUUGAGUCUGUUGAUGAAGGAUUGCUACAGUUUUGUGACAAUAAGCUGAAAUUACUCCAUCUUUAUGAGUCUGUUAAUCAGUUAAAUUCCCUUGAUUUUCAUUCAGACACACCAUUUUCUGAUAAUGACUUGGCAGUGUUACUAAGGCUUGAUGAGAAAGAACUGUUCAAGCUUCAGGCAUUGUUGGAGAAAUACAAGCAGGAGAACACCAGGGCCACUGUUCGGUUUUCUGAUCACGUGGAUGGUGUGUUGCCCGUCAAAACAUUCCUGGAAUACUUGGAGUAUGAGAAAGAUGCCGUCAGUGUGAAGAAGAUAAGUGAAGAGGAGUACGUGGCCUUAGGCAGUUUCUUCUUCUGGAAGUGCUUGCACGGAGAGAGCUCCACGGAGGACAUGUGCCGGGCCCUGGAGGCGGCGGGGCUCAGCCCGCAGCUGUUGCUGUCUCUGCUCCUGAGCGUCUGGCUUUCGAAGGAGAAGGAUAUUUUGGAGAAGCCGCGGUCUGUGUGCUGCCUCCACACGAUGCUGUCCCUCCUGAGCAAGAUGAAAGUGGCCAUCGAUGAGGGCUGGGACUCCCAGUCCGUGUCCCCGUGGUGGCAGCAGAUGCGGGCCGCGUGUGUCCAGUCCGAGAACAAUGGGGCCGCCCUGCUGUCGGCACACGUAGGCCACGCCGUGGCCGCCCAGCUGUCCAGCAGCGGCUCUGAGAAGAAGGCUGCUGCGAGCACUGACUCGGAGGGUCUCACCGACUCCUGGGAGGCGCUUUCCCUGGACUCGGAGUACUGGAAGCUCCUGCUGCGGCAGCUGGAGGACUGCCUCCUCCUUCAGACGCUGCUGCACAGCAGGCCCGGCGUGCCGCCCCGCCUGUCCGCGCUGCAGGCCGAGCCGCUGCCCCGGCUCUCGGUGAAGAAGCUACUGGAAGGAGGGAAAGGUGGUAUUGCAGACACAGUAGCCAAGUGGAUAUUUAAGCAGGACCUCAACCCUGACGUCUUAAAACUGGCCAGUAAGGAUACAGAAAACCCAGAUGAAGCCCAAGAAGGUGUUUCAAGAGGUGGAUCUGAGAUGUCCGAGGGGGAGGCAGACCUGGGCGGCACCCCAGCGCUGCUCUGCCUGGCCUACGAGCAGUUUCCCUGCAGCCUGGAGCCCGACGUGCUGCACGCGCACUGCUGCUGGGAGUACGUGGUCCAGUGGAACAAAGACCCGGAGGAAGCACGUUUUUUUGUUAGAUCCAUAGAACAUUUGAAGCACAUUCUUAAUGCACACGUUCAGAACGGUAUCGCGUUGAUGAUGUGGAACACAUUUCUGGUGAAGAGGUUUUCCGCGGCUGCCUACUUGAUGGAUAAGGUUGGAAAAGCACCGAAGGACAGGCUGUGCCGGAGGGAUGUGGGGAUGAGUGACACAGCCCUGACAUCCUUCCUCGGCUCGUGCCUGGAUCUUCUGCAGACCCUGAUGGAGGCCGACGUGAGCCGGGACGAAAUGCAGAUGCCGGUCCUGGACACGGAGGACGCGUGGCUCACCGUGGAAGGCCCCGUGUCCAUCGUGGAGCUGGCCCUGGAGCAGAAGCCUGUCCACUACCUGCUGGUGGAGCACCACUCGGUGCUCUGCUCCCUCCUCUUUGCCGUGGCCAGGUUCGCGCUCAAGGCCGUGAAGCCCCUGUCGCUCUUCGACAGUAAGGGGAAAAACGCUUUUUUCAAAGACCUAACUUCCAUUCAGUUGUUACCGAGUGGAGAAAUGGAUCCAAACAUUAUUUCAGCGCGACAGCAGUUCCUGCUGAAGGUGGUCAGUGCUGCUGUUCAGGCCCAGCAUGCAGCCAGGAGAGACAGGGUCUCACCCGAAGAGGCCCCCACAGCUCCCCUUGGCAGAGACCCGGAUUGGCCAGCCCUGGCCAUGGACUUGGCCCUCCACCUGCAAGUGAACGAGGACGUGGUCCGGCGGCACUACGUGGGGGAGCUGUAUAGCCACGGCGCCGACCACCUGGGGGAGGAGGCUAUGCUCCAAGUCCACGACAAGGAGGUGCUGGCCUCGCAGCUGCUGGUGCUGACGGGCCAGCGGCUGGCGCACGCGCUGCUGCACUCGCAGACUCGGGCGGGGAUGGAGCUGCUGGCCCGCUUGCCGCCCACGCUCUGCACGUGGCUCAAGGCCAUGGAUCCCCAGGAUCUCCAGAACACUGAAGUGCCAAUUGCCACAACAGCGAAACUGGUGAACAAAGUGAUCGAGCUGCUGCCAGAGCAGCACGGCCAGUACAGCCUGGCCCUGCACCUCACGGAGGCCGUGGACGCUGUCUCCCUCCCCACCCUCUGACUGGGCGCAGGAGCGGGUGGCGGGCCGUGGCUUUGGUUUUAUAUGGUAUAUAUACACACACGUCUGUGACUUCUGUAAAGUGCAGUCCUGCCCACCUUCACCCCUUCAUCCCGAGGACAGACACGGACAGACACGGACAGACACAGCUGGAGCCGAGACCGCUGCCUCCUGUUUGUGGCACAGGCUUCAGUAGCUUCACUCUUCAGCUCUGCCGUUGCUCGGGCGCGGCAAAUUUUGUUUCUGUGACAUUCUGUAGUUCCUACUCCAUGGGCUGCUCCUGUCACUGACCAUGUGUGUCCCCCACGGCAUCUCCAGCAGUGGCCCUGGAGAGCCAGCAGCCCGUCCUGUGUGAGGUUGGGAGACUGCUGGGCCCAGCUGCCAGCCACCUUGUGCUGUCACCAUCAGAGGGCCUUGACUGGAGGAAUGAUGUGCUCAGGACACCACCGUGUCCGUCAGAGACACCACACAGAGCCCUGGCCCAGGGUAUGUGCCAAAAUCGAGCACCCGAUGGGGGCCGGACAGGACAGCAGGGAGGGUGCUGGCUUUGCAUGCAGCUGACCCAGGUUUGAUACCUGGGACCCCAUAUGGUCCCCUGAGCCCACUAGGAGUGAUCUGGGUGCAGAGCCAGGAGUAACCCAUGAGUAUCACCAGUGUGGCCCCAAGACAAAACAAAAAGUGUGCAGAGAUGCGGGCAGCAGUGAAAGUCAAAAUUGGCUUUAAAAAAAAAAAAUCCCAAACCAUAUCCAUAUUAGGCAGGCAACUGUAAAAAUGUAUCAUCUUGUAAAGCUUACGUUGGAAACAAAAGAGGCUAAAUGUUUUUAGUCCAGCUUUAUUUUUCCUACAGGUGUUUAGAGAAGUCUUUCUGGGAUGUGGGAUCUUCAUCCGUCUGGGGACAGGAUGGAGAUGCUGAGUGACAGGACAGCGUUAGCAAACCUACCUCACUGGGUCGAGAAGCUCAGGUGCAGCUGUGCCCACACGCCCAGAGCGACCCCUGGGCCCCCCAGUGCCGAGGGACCCAAAGUUCCGCUGAUGGUCGGUACUGACCCUGCAUGUCCGAGGCCCCGGAGGCGGCGCGGCAGUGGCAGGGAAGGCAGGAGGGAAGGGAGAGUCCGGUGUGGGCAGAUCCCUGUGGGUUCUUGCGGGUGACAUCACAUGCACACAUGCACUUAGCAGCCAGGUUCAAGUCUGGAGAAAGUGCCCCCAGCCCACGCCCACACUGCCCGCAGCUGGGUCUGCCUCUCCCACCCAAUGUGGAGCCUCAGCAAGCUCAGAACCUCCUGCAGUUCCCCUGAGUACCUUGAGAGUGGUGAGGGGGCCGGGCGGAGAAACCCGAAGCUCUGGGAAUUACUCGCCAAGUCUUUCUUUGGAUUCUCUUAACACUUUGGCUCAUAAACAAGCAUUUCUGAAGACAAACCUGGUUCUUCUGGUUUGGCAGUUUAUCCAGGCCUUUGACUCUGUCAGGCUCACUCACCAGGGGCAGGAUUCCGACUGAACCGUGUGACAUGGUUAGAAGCCCUGAGGGCCGGGAGGUAGCUCCAAGGCUGGAGCGGUGUCUCGCUGUGGUCUGGGGCCCCCCAGCACACCAGGCUGCGUGGGGAAGAAGCGCAGGGCACUCAAGGUUGGGGGCGUGGUCAGCGCUCGGCGUGCAUGAGGCCUUUGGGUCUCAGCCCCGAUACCACACACAGGCAUGUUCUCUCGGGCUUUCUGAGUAAGUCUGAUGGGAAGGAGGCCAGGAAGUGUCACAUUCCGCAGGAGGAGCAGUCAUGGUGUCAGCGCUGGGCACUGCCAUGAGUGGGGAGGGACACCCUUUCCUGGGUGCCGCCCUGCGCGACUGGACCUCGGGACAUGAAUCCCACUGUAGAGCAGUGAUGGGGGGCACCUGCCGGCCCCUCCGAGGGAGAAGAGCUGAGGGACCAGGGUGCAGUGCCACCAAGUGCUCCAGGAGUGUGCAGAGAGGACAGGCAAAGAGCUUUAGCUCUAAGUUCCUUUAAGGUCACAGUAAAAGGUAUGGAAUUGUUUGCUUAAAAAAAAGCCAAAAACCCAAAAUAGAACAGGACUGGCUGCAAAACCAGCAACGCUAAUGUGACGUGAAAUGUGACAGCAGUGCAUCUGACUGACAGACGGUUUCGGCUUCUCGGGGGCAGCAGGGACACUUCUUACCCAACAGGGCUUCAGAAUUCUGUCUGCUUAGUAGAAUCAGCCAUGCCUAGAAAAAUGGACUCGAUACUAAACUUUAUAAAAAGCUCUACCUACUGUAAUGUAAUGUAAGUAGUGAAAUCCUGUAAAUACUGCUAUUUUCUGUCUGCUCACUGUUGUGAAUUUAUGUAUAUCAGUAAAAUUAAUUUUCAACGUU